CAAUUUAGGUACCUUUUGGUAGAAGAGUUGUUCGUCGGCCACGUCUUCUAGAGAAUAAGGAUCAGGGAUUGCCGAAGAAAUAUAACUAGAAAAUAACCAUGAAGCAGUUCGAGGAUCUGCCAGCGAAGAUCACCCACCCUGCCGACCCGGCGCACGAGCUAAACCUCACCGACGGCGUGCCGUUCGUGUGCGACGGCUGCAAGGAGCCCGGCUGCGGGCCAAGGUACACGCACGACUACGGGAGCCACAGCUUCGACCUCCACACGUGCUGCGCCCUCGCCAAGGGCACGAUGAGGCAUCCCCUCUUCGGCGACCUCGCCUUCGAGUUCCGCACGAAGCCCCCGCCCCCCGUCGACGACACCAUCUGCGACGCCUGCGGCGAGGCGGCGCGCGGGUUCGUCUACCAUUGCAGCAAGAAGGGCGGCCUCGACCUGCACCCCUGCUGCGCGAGCCUGCCGGAACGCAUCCUCCAGGACAGCCGCGUCUUCGAGCUCCGCCGGGAGGCGUCGCGCUCGCGGCCGUGCGGCAUGUGCGGCGAGCAGAGCGGGCGCCGCCGCCGGUUCUGGGCGUACCGCUCCAACCUCGACGGCGAGGCCAUGGACAUCCACGUCGCGUGCAUGAAGGAAAUGGCUCGCUUGAGCUGGCAGGCGGCAUACCAGAACAGGGUUGGCGGCGGCCAGAUCGUCCAGGUGAGCGUGUCCGACAUGGACCGCAUGCUCCAGAGCUUUCCUGGGAACAGGGCCAGGAGGAGCGGGUUGGACAAGUUCGUCAAGAUCAUCGGCACCGUGGCGAGCAUCAUCAUCGCGGUGAUCUUCGGCAAUCCCGUGGCGAUGAUGGCUGCCAUAGCAGGGCCCGGUGGUCUUCUUCGGGGUUAAUCGAUCGAGAGCCACCAAAAAAUCAACGAGUGACAUUUUUUUAUUACCUUUUUGUGAGUUACUUGAUCAUGAACAGGUCUUUUGUAUUUCAUUCAUUUGAGGACUGGUUCAUUCAUGUCUAUUUUGGUGUAACCUUUUGUUAUUCAACCAUUAUUGAGUUGUAUGCACAGUAAAAAUUCGUACUUCUU